AUGUUGGAUUGCAGCGUGUUGGCCAGAAUCUUGUGUGCUCUGGAACUUGUCGACGAUGGCAGCACCUGGAUCGAUCUGUCCAACUCCUGCACAGGAACAUACAGGUCGCCUUGCUCUAUCACCAACAAAUCGUCCUCGUUCUUCUUGACUCGUAUAUCAAAGUACUCCUCGCCAAUCUUCAACGACAUGGAGCCGUCCUCCCAUUCCACAAUGGACGAGUUCGACUGCUUGUACAGCUCGUCCGAAGCGGUCUUGGCAUAUCUCCAUCUGAUCGUGUUUUGGAUCUCCAGUUUCUUGAACUCGAGCGAGUCUUGUAACUCCUUGUUGGUGCUGGUUUUGUGCGAGUCCUGCACAAACUCCUUAAGCCCCGACUCAAACGUUGCUGGUGCAAACGGCUCCGGGUCGACAAACAGGUACCGAGGCAAAUUGAAUCCAAUCGCACCACCCUCCGGCACGUGCGACCGCGGGUGUCUUGGGAACGAAACCUCCAGCUGGGUGGGCUGGUACUCUUCUUCGGCCACCUCUUCGUCGUCGUCGUCAUCGAUCUUGGUUUCUUCAGCGACAUCGACGCCGGUCGCCUCGGCUGCGUCGCUCUCGUCGCCAAAAAGGUCGUCAACGGCUUCCGCGGGCGAGUCCCCGGUCUUCUCCAACUCCUCGCUGCUCAUGAACAAAAUAAAAGGCUUGUGA